AUGUCGCUCUAUAGUCCAGUCAGUUCCUCGGAGGAAGAAGCGGGAGAAAACUCCUUCUCGCGCAAGAUGGAAGAUACGGACAUGCUGUUACACGAUGAAAAGACCGACAAAUUCCAUGGAUCGAUUGCUCUGGCGAUGAAGCAUAUGCCUCGACCGUUGAACAAGUGGAUAUACGGAUUGCUGUUCACGUCCCUCCUCCUAUUCAUCGUCAGCUCAAUGCUGUUUGCAACUUUCUGGUGGGUGUCUCUUCGAGAAGUUGAUCGCUUCUGCUUGAAGCAUGGUAGCUAUUACAGCCCCAUCUUAGCGCAGAUUAAAGAUCCCUACAUGACGACCAAAUUCAACGGCUCUCUGCAUGCCGAAUCUAUCUACCGCGCUCCACCAGGGCCUGAAGUCGACGCAGCAUGGAGCUAUAUUUCACUCGGCAUGGGCGUCUUUUCUCUUCCAGAGCACGAAGCUCUCAAAGCAGGCCUCGAAAAAGGAGAUGUACGAAUCCCUCCCGGCUACAAAGGCAGCGGUGAAUACAUGGCCUCUGUGGAGGUGAACCAUCAACUUCACUGCGUAAGGCUAAGGCAGGAGUAUCCGCAUCCACAGAACUUCCUCCGCAAGGCUGCAUGGUUCAACUAUCCUUACUACCGGAAUCAGGGCAGUGAGUUCAGUGACUCAGGAGCUGAACUGGAGAACCACCUUUACCACUGCACGGAAAUGCUCCGACAGGUGCUCAUGUGCAAUGCGGACGCGGGUAUCUAUGGGUACAAGUACGUGAAGGGACGCGAACAACGGCCUUAUCCCGACUUCAGCACGCCUCAUAGAUGUCGUAAUUUCGACACCGUUCUCGAGUGGGCCUAUGCGCGUCGAAUCGAGGGCGAUCCGCAGAAUCAUCCGUUCACGCCGGCGGAGGGCGAGAUUGUCCAUGAGCAUGAUCCUUGA